AUGUGUGAUCCAUAUUACACGGUUCAGGGUCGACCUUUAGAUCCAAACAACGAAGCGAACAUCAAGAAUGUCCGCGGCACGGAGUGUGCCAAGUUGGCAUGGCACCCGCUGCUGCCUCUCCUUGCAAUUGGAUGGAAGGAUGGCGCGAUAUCCUUCUGGAACGCGGAGGAGCGAAAGCUGGAGGAAGACAGCAAGAUCCACCGAAAUACAAUCAGCAGCAUGACGUGGACGAACAGCGGCGACCGGCUCAUCACCGGUGAUGAAAACGGCAGGAUCUCCAUGUGGAAAACGGAUCGCUUGCUGCGGCCCAUUCACGUGGUGGCGUAUGACGAGCCAGGAGCUGUCAUACGGCACAUUGUGGUGGGCCUUCCGGAGGAGGUCCCUGAAACCAACAGCCAGGUAGUGGUUGCGUUCUAUGUGGCAGACGGCACGGAACGAGCUACUGUCAAGUGGUGUAACGACCAGGGCUACAGUGGGGUGGUGCAGGAAAUGGGUGAGUCUAUACACUCUCUGGUGCACUACCCGGAGCGGGACCAGCUGCUGGUCAUCGGCGCCUCCUGCACCCUCAACGUACUGGCACGUGACGAGCAGCUGGGCUCAUGGGCCACCACCUCCAAGAUGAAGUUCGCCACGGGCACGGGAGAGGCCGCGUCGGGCGCUGGGCUCCAGGUGGCCUGGGCGGGCAACCACACGCUGGCAUCCGCCAGUGAGAAGGACAACGUGGUCCGCAUGUACAACUUCGACACGGAAGACAACUACGUGCUCAACCUGGAGCAAGACUCGGGAUUGGUUAGCCGGGUGGUGUGUUUGGCGUUCGACCAGAGGUACCACCUACUGGCGGUGGGCACCACGGAUGGCCGCGUUAUGAUGUAUAAGUACAACGAACCCUCGGAGCGUUCAGAGCCAGUGCUGGAUUUGGCUAAGUGCUGGGAAAUGCAGCCCGCCUUCUUCGUCGGCAACCGGGCGCUAUCUAUGGAGUGGGGUCCCUUCCCCCGGCUCAUGGUGGUGGCCUGUAGCGACGCCAUCAACGUCUGCCGCAAAACCAUGCUUAGCUACAAGUACCGGGAUGGGGUGGCGAUCAUGCAGGCAAGAAGGAGGGGCGAAUGGAGGGAAUGUUGCUGCUACUGCGACUGCGUCGCUGUGGACCGCGUCGUGUUGGAGAACAUGGAGGUGGAACCACAGCGUCCCCCGGGCCGGCUGCAAUUGCAGGACAUGCAGCUACUGGGUCUGGACCUCAGCAAGGGGCUGUUGCUGGUGUGGGACGGGGAGCGCGCUGAGGUCUACAAGGUGACUGAGACCAAUGACAUCAUGGCAGCCUCCCAGUUCGAGACCACCAGCCGCUGUAUGGCCAUCAACAAUGACUCCGUCUACCGCUCCGCAGACUGCAAGUUGGAAGUGGUCAACAUGGCGGGCACGGUCAAGCAGACCAUCAUGUUUGAUGACAACCACGGUUCACCCGCCUUCAUGGACGUGGCCCGCGACUUCCUGGUCACUGUCACCAACUUCAACUUUGUGCGCAUCUUCAAAGUGGCAGGCCGCGAGGCCAAACCCCACGCCGGACCAGCGCCCUUGUGUCCACCGGAGCUCAAGGGCUGGAAGGUUAUGUCCACCAAAGUCAACGGCAGUGGCAGCAUGGUGGCGACUCUCCUGGUGGGGCCCGAGCCGGCGCGCGCAGUGCGGCUGGUGGUGUGGUGUGGCGAGUCCAAUACGCACCACGUGCAUGACUUCACACCCGAGGGCCGCGUGCCGGUGGGCCUUAUGUGGGACACUGUGGAGCCCAAGCUACUGGUGGUGCAGAUGUCGCCUGCCUUCAACGAGGCGAGUGUGGAGGACAAGCCGGCCAGCGGGGACAGCUCCCAAGGGGCUGAGGUGGCCAUCAUCUUUGUGGACGUGGACAAGGGCAUCCUGGUUCAGGAAUACCAACCCAUUCACCAGGGUGGUGCCACCGCCUGCAUCGGGUCCGCGGCGCCCUUCCUGCUGACCAAUCGGAAGUGCAUGGUGCAGCCCAACCCCGGUUCAGGCGCCUACCAGCCCUUCACGUCUAACGUGUCCAAGGUGCUCAUGACCAGCUUCGCGGGCAUGCAGGACUCGGAUGAGAAGACCCGCCGCGCGCUGCUGGACUUCUCCUUCAGCCUGGCAACUGGCAACAUGGACGAGGCGUUCCGGUCAGUGAAAGCCAUCAAAAACCCCGCAGUAUGGGAAAACAUGGCGCAUAUGUGCAUCCGCAACAAGCGCCUGGACGUGGCGGAGCAUUGCCUGAGCAAUAUGGAGCAUGCAAGAGGCGCCCGGGCCCUGCGCGAAGCCAAGACCAUUGAGGAGGCAGAUGCGCGGGUCGCCACCGUGGCAGUGCACCUGGGCAUGAUUGAUGAUGCCAGGAAGCUGUACAUCUCCUGUGAGAGGUAUGACUUACUCAACCAGCUAUAUCGGGCAUGCGGUCAAUGGGACAAGGCGCUGGAGGUAGCGGAGAAGAACGACCGCAUUCACCUGAAGUCCACUCUCUACGCCUAUGCGCAGUACCUGGAGCGCGGGGGCGACCUGACCAACGCCCAGAAGCACUACGAGGCGAGCGGCUGCGGGCUGGUAGAGGUACCCCGCAUGCUGUUCGAGGCGGAGAAGUUCAACGAGCUGCAGGCGUACAUCCAGGCCAACGACAGCCGAGAGCUGAUUCUGUGGUGGGGCAAGUACCUCGAGUCGCUGGGUGAGUACGGCAAGGCGCUGGACUGUUACCGCAAGGCGGGCGACUCGCUGUCUAUGGUGCGAAUCUUCUGUUUCCAGAAGGAUUGGAAGCUGGCGGAGGAGGAGGUGGCCAACAGCAACGACCUGGCGGGCGCUUUCCACCUGGCUCGCCAAUACGAGGCAGCCGGCCGCAUCCCCGAGGCCGUGCGCUACUACACGCUGGCCAAGCGCUACAGCCACGGCGUGCGGCUGGCCAAGAUGAACGAGCUGGACAGCGACCUCAUGAACCUGGCACUCAAGAGCACACCUGGCGUCAUGGUCGACACCGCAGACUACCUGUUCCAAAAGGGUCAGCACGAGAAGGCUGCGACGCUGUAUAUGAAAGGCGGCAAGCUAAGCAAGGCGGUGGAAAUGUGCUUCCAGGCGCAACUGUUCGACGUGCUGCAGCACAUCGCGGACGACAUGACACCCGACAAGAGCGAUCCCGCGCUGUACAACCGGUGUGCGGAGUUCUUUAUGCAGUUUGGCCACAACGACAAGGCCGUCAAGAUGCUCAUCGCGGCGCAGCAGUACGGCCGUGCGCUGGAGCUGUGCGUGGAGCAUGAUGUGGCCAUCACCGAGGAAAUGGCGGACUCGAUGACGCCCGACAAGAGCGUGAUGGGCGCCGAUGAGCGCAACUCGGUCAUCUGCCGAAUUGCUAAGGUCGCUAAGCGGCAGGGUAACUACCAGCUGGCGGCCAAGAAGUACACGCAGGCGGGUGACAAGGUCAAGGCCAUGAAGGCGUUGCUGAAGGGGGGAGAUGCGGAAAAAAUUAUCUUCUUUGCGGGUGUCUCUCGUCAGAAGGACCUGUACCUGAUGGCCGCCAACUACUUGCAGACCCUCAACUGGCACUCGGAUCCAGAGCUCAUGAAGCACAUCAUCUCGUUCUACACAAAGGCCGCCGCGUGGGACAGCCUGGCCAACUUCUACGAGGCGUGUGCGCAGAUCGAGGUGGACGAGUACCGGGACUACGAAAAGGCGCUGCAGGCGAUGCGCGAGGCCGCCAAGUACGUGGCCAAGUCCAAGAGCGAAGACCGCGACCAACGACUUGCGGCUAUAAGCGACCGCAUCGCCGUGUCGGAGCGAUUUGUAGAAGCGCGGCAGCUCAUCGCCAGCAACCCCUCGGAGGCGCUGCGGGUCUGCGAGGAGCUGCUGCAGACUAUCCCGCCGGACAGCCAGGACCUGGAGGCUGGUAUUCGCAUCGGUGACGUGUACGCCCUCAUGGUUGAGUACUGGUACGAGGCCCGGCAGCCCAUGGAGGCCUACAAGGCCAUUGAGGCCAUGAGGCGGCGGGGCAUCAUCCUGUCACCUUACCUGGACACACGCAUGGUGGAGGACAUUUACAAGGCCCUGGGUGUUGCACCCGAUAUGGCGGAGGAUCGCCGGGGCCCCGCCGACCUGGGUCUCCGCGGGGAGCGGGAUACGGACAAUGGCGGCUUCGUGGAGGAGGAUGUGGCGGACGACGACGACUGA